AUGGACCCGGCGCCGCAGCUCCGACGUCAACAGAGCGGUCCAAUCGCUGCGACGCUCACGCGCGGCUCGUCCACACGCCAGAGGGCGACGAGCGUCCUGCCGCCGCCCACCAGCGCGCGCGGACUUCCCAGCGCUAACGCGGAUGCGUCGCAGUACUUCUCCAUCGAGACGCGGCUGGAGCUCAAGGCGCGACUGACCAAGCUGCAGCUCCAGCUCCGACAACUGCUCGUGCAGGCCAAGCUGGCCUGGAUGCGCUGCUUCGCUGAGCCCCGGACGCCCGCUACGCGCGCCGCCGCCGUGCAGAUGGUACAGUUGGGUGAGGGACUGACGGCGAGUCUUUCGCGCGCUUUCGAUUUGGCUGCUGGCACCGCCACAGCACCGCUGUCCGAGUACCAAUCCCUGGUGACUCAAGUCGAGGCCGAAAUGGCGAGUUUCCAGCAGCUCGUGACUAGC